UCUUCUCAUUCCGUUUCGGUCCUCGGUCGAGUUUGCACGCACGCACCACUGCGCUCUCUGCUGCCGUCGUCGUCCGCCACCAGCAGAAGGAGGGAGGAGAAAAGAAGCAAAAAGUGACAAGAAGCAAAUCGGUGACUGCGGGUGUGUGUGUGUGUACGCGCGCGGGGUGAAAAAAUAAAAAGUGACUGCAAAAUCCGGAUUAAUCGCGGCGAGGAUUGGGGAGUUUGCCUUCGGGUUGAGAGGCUGCCCCGUGCCGGAAGUGGUUGCAAGAAUCCGGUUGAAGAAAUCUGUGGAGGUUUGGGUUUAAAUUAGAAAAAGAAGGGAAGAUUUUCGCAGCGCCGCUCCCUCUACCCCUCCCACCACCGUCGAAGAGAGUGCAGAAAAAAAGAACGUCAAGAAAAUUCGAAGCAAAUCGCAGCAGGCCACGGAACAAGUGUUGCCGAUUGCGGUCGGAACCAGACCACUGCGGAAGGUGGUCGUGGCCACCAGCGCCACCGUCAUCAAACCAAGAAGAAUCCCUUGAAAAGCAAGGAAAGAAGAAGGUUUUUCUCUUGCCCUUCUCCCUGCCAAGUGUGUGUGUGUGUGUGAGUGCGUGUGUGUGCGUCCGUGCCUGAGUGUCUGUGUGUGUGUGAGUGCGUACGUGUGCGAGGGUUGCGAAAGCGCAGUCGAUUUUCUCCGGUGGAACCGGAAACCGUCACGUCAUCGGCGGAAUCUUUGGAGGAAGCAAAACACCGGAAAGCCGUCGCCGUCGUCAUCUUCGUCAACAAAAACAAGCGCCGGAACAAUGAUGGUGGCCACCGUGCAGCGCUCGUCCGUGUGCCAUGGAUCAUUCUAAGACGAAGAAGUCUUCAACCCAGGACUGUUACGAGUUUCUCGACUUGAGCGACGUGGAUGACGGCGUAAAGGACGCCCUGGCUUCGACACUCAACACCACCACGCAGCAACCUGGCGGUGGCAUUCCUGCGGCUGCGGCAGCAGGUGGCGGCAAACCCAAACAGCAACAGCAAUACCAUUCCUAUCGUCCCCGGCGCCGCCAAUCGAACGCGUCUUCGGUAAUGUCCUCGUCGGACGGUUCCGGGGUGUACGACUACCCGCCGAGCUCGUCGGCGGCGGCGGCCACCUUCCCGUACCCCUUGGAGUACCACCAACCGUCGCAACAACAAAGUCCCCAAAACCAUCCUACUCCCCAACAACAACAACACCAUCAACACUACUUCCCGUACGCGGCGGCCACGACCGCGAUCGUUGCUCCGUACGAGGAUGGAGGUGUGACGGACCGCUCCACCGGAAGUGGUGGCGGUCCACCCUCACGGUACCACUACCAGAAGCGACAAAAAGAUGGCGGCGGCAACUCGCGGCCACCGUACCAGCAGUACCAGCAACACUAUCAACAUCACCAUCACUACAACCAAUCCUGGUCGCCACCUGCUGCCGCUGCAGCGUCCUCUUCUUCGGCUUCUUCCUCGUCAACAGCUGCAUCAACCACAGCAACAACACUGCCAAACACCUCUGCAAACGGUAACGUAGAGACGACGUACUACAACACCACGACCACCACCGCCUCCAAAACGGCAGACUACGGCGAAACCGGUUCCGGCGAACAGCCGCCACACCACCACCAGCACCACCAAUCCCACCACCAGCAGCACUACUACGGCAGCUAUCGCGUGGGCCCCUCGGGACGUUCGUACCGCCGACGGUCGGAAACGUACGGUGCCACCUCGACCACGACGACGUCCAGCAGCAGCAGCACGUCGGCGGUGACCGCAACGACGACCUCGACAACGACGAGCAUGCCGCCGCACACCAACACUCCCCACUACCAGCAGCAGCAGCAGCAGCAGCAACAGGGACAACAGAGUCAGCAGCAGCAAUCUCAACCGAAUGUGACGAGGGGGGGAGAGCAAGGGUCGGUUGCUCCGCAGCAGCAGCAGCCGAUCUACCCGUCGCAGCCGAUUCCCGCUGGAUAUAUGGUGGGGGGACCGCACGCGAAUGCCGCCAUGUACCCGAUGCAGGUGAUUCCGCAGCCCGGGAAUGUGUACGUGAGCAACUUGACCGCGAAUGUCAACGUUCAUGGGUUCAUGCCGCACGGGAUGCCCGGCUAUAUGGCGGCGGCGACGACGGGAACUCCGUCGGGUCCGGCAGGGGCUGCGUACAUUGCCAGUGAGGUGCCUGGGCACGAAAUGCAGCAGGUUAUGACGCCGCGCGAUGGCAGGACGGCUGCGAUGCGCAGAAAUGGAACGAGUGGGAGUAACGGGAGCACGGGCGGUCGUAACGGGAGUCGGCUUGGAAGUACUCCGAGACCGGCGCGGAAUUACGUGCCCCAUCACUUGCAGCAGCAGCAGCAGCCGGCAGCGUCUCAACCGGUGAUUAUUCAGGCACCGAUGCCGCAACCUGCCCAGUCGCAAACCCAGCAGUCUGCCGGUGGACAGCAGCCGCAGCAAUCGCAAACGUCUCAACAGAGUCAGCAGCAGCAAGGCCAGUCGCAGCCUCAAACGCCGGAUAUUGUUCAGCAAGCGCCGCAGCAGCAGCAACACCCGGCAAUGGCGAUGGAACCUCAACAGGUGCCGUACGGAUACAGCGGAGGAUAUUACAACUAUAUCCCGAUGCAGUUCUAUCAACCGGUCCCGAUGGGUCAUCACCCGUCGGCCCAGCACGCCGCCGGAGCUCCGAUCUUCCAGGUUCCGAUGUACUCGGCAGCCCCGAUGUACGGCUAUCCCGGAGUCAUGUACCCGACCAUUUAUCAGCCCGAGUAUCCGAUGUACGACGAUAAGGGAGACGAGCAGAACCCGCAGCCCUCGCCGGAGGAAGGUGGCGUGAUGCACCAGGCCCUUUGGCAGCCCCCGACAAUGAUCGAGUACAACCCGGAGUCGGGCGAGUACAUUCAGCACGAGGAUGAUGAGGGCGCCAUGCUUCCGCCGGGACCACCCCAGAUGCAACCGAUCGCGCACGUCCUCGAUCCGAACGUGCCCAACUUUACCAUGCAAAUGGGACCGCCUACGCCGAUCCCCGACGACGAGUACGCCCCGUCAGAGGAGUACAACGCCAACACCAUGAUGUCACCGGCCCCCUCAUCCCGGGCCUCGUCCCUUCAGAACCUGACGCAGAGCGAAAUGUACCUAGUGCCACAGCAACAGCAACCUCAAGAACCUCAACAUCUACACCAACAGCAGCACAUGCAAAUGAUGGACCUCGAGGAGGUCGCCAUGCACGAACAAGCCAUGGUCGACCACGAGGGCAACUACCUGAUAGAAGAAGAAGAAGAAGAAGAAGAUGAUGAAGAAGAGAUCCAAAGCUACCAGCAGCAGGAACCUCCAAUGUCACCAUCGCCACCACCACCCCAACAACAACAACAACAACAACACAUCCACGUGCAAUCGCCCCACGAAAUGGUGUACAACCCGGAACCAAUCCAGCAGCAAAUGGUAGUUGUCGAACAGCAGCCGGCUCUGCCGAUCCAAGAAACCCCCCAACCGGAAGUCACGCAAGUCUGUGAACCGGAACCGGCCGUGCGCGAGGCUACGCCUCCUCUUCCGCCUCCCACGUCUGCUGUUGUAACGUCCACUCCGCCCAUUCCGCUACCGAUUCAACUAACGCUCGUUCCUCCACCCCAGCUCGACAAACCACCACCGCCGAUUCCGUUCGAGAUCCUCAAGCACCAGCAUGAGCAGCAGCUGCAAAAGCAACAGCAGCAACAGCAACAGCUCCAACAAACCGCGCAAUCCCAAACUCAACCCCAAUACAAUGACACCAACAACAAUAACCAGAAAAAGAAGACAAACGAGGUGGCGCUGGCGGCCACACCGGGCGCCUCCGUUGAGCCGCAACCGGCGAAGGAAUCGGCCUCAAAACCAAAUCAGACCCAGCAAACGUCGUUCAAAAGCCAAACCUCGGACGAACUCGCCAAGCUGACGCGAGCCGUCCAGGAGAAGUUUGUCCUGAACGAUGACCGCGGCAAGUCGUCCUUCCGGUGGGCAAAUCCCAACGCACCGGUUGCGACCACCACGAUUGCGUCGUUCACCUCACCAACGACCACGGUCGUAACGGGUCAACCGAUGCAGAAGAAGACCACCGCGUCGGUGUCGGUUUCGGCCAUCCCGAACAAAGAGUACACUCCCGCGACCUCGACUUCCGCCGUCAAGCCUUACCAGAAGAAUACCUCGCCGAUUCCGUUCACGGCGCUCGGCUCGACUGCGACGCCACUGGCCGCGAUGCAGCACAAGCAACCCUUGGCUCCGCAAAAGUCCUACACCGAUUCGUCCGUCGGCGUCGUUGCCACUGCCCCGACCAUGGAGUCCAAGAAGGUCGAAGCGAUCCCGCAUCGCGAACCGCCCCACCACAUCCAACCUCCGCCGGGACCGCCCCCGCUGCUGUCCGUGCCGCCGCCAGUCAUUCCGGCACCAUCGUACGCGCCGCCCCCACCGGCCGCGACUCCAGCCGUCGCCGCACCGGCCAAGUCCUGGGCCAGCCUGUUCAACUCGUCGUCGUCGUCCUCAUCUGCUUCCGCCCCAGCUCCGGCUCCAACCGCAGCACCAUCACUGGCCCCGUCGACGGCGAUUACCGCUGGCCCGCCGCCAUCUUCCACCAGUGCAAACCCAGCGCUUCCCACGCACUCACCCUUCGCCGCCUCCUUCAUGCCCGCGCUAGCCCGUUCCGGGUCCGGCCACACUCCGGCAGAGGCCGCGUCCAUUCCGUCGAAGAAACCCAUCGCCAAGGUGCUUCCGUUCGACAAGAGCGGCGCCUCAGCGAGUAUGUCCUACUCGGCGGCGGCCAACCAAACAACCUCGACGCAACCCAAACCCAACAAACCAAACCAGCCCCAGCAGCAGCAGCAGCACCAGCAACAGCACCUCGGAAAGGUCCCCGAUCAGCUGGACGAGAACACCCUCAAACUGGGAGAAUUCCUCAACACGUACCAGAUCGAGAACAACAGCAUCAGCAUCCAGCCGCGCGGUCUCAUCAACCGCUCCAACUACUGCUACAUCAACGCGAUCCUGCAAGCGCUGGUCGCGUGCCCUCCGUUCUACCACCUGAUGCGCGCCAUCCGGUCGCUGCCGGCCGCCCGCAACAGCAAACACCCCAAGCCGUUCAUCGAUGCCAUGACCGCACUGGUGGCGGAGUUUUCGACCCUGCCGCUGCGCUCCAAGGUCGCGCGGGACAAGACCAAGAAGGACGAAACGCCGGACAUUACCACCGAUACGCCGCUGGAACCGGUCGUCAUCCACAAGAUACUGGCCCUGCUCCGGUCGGACAUCUUCCAGGUCGAGGGCCGCCAGGAGGACGCCGAGGAGUUCCUCGGCUGUGUGCUGAACCGGCUCAACGACGAGAUGUUGGAGCUGAUGAAGCUGAGCAAGAACGAGUCGGAGGUGAACGGCAGCAGCGGCAACAGCAGCGCCGAAGAGUCCGGAGAUGGGCACGGUGACGACCAGGACGAUUGGAAGGUCAUCCGUGGCAACCGGAACAAGGGCACCAUCACGCGCACCACCGACUUUGGCCGCUCGCCGAUGAGCGACAUCUUCGGGGGGAAGCUGCGGUCGCGGGUGCACCGCGAGGGCGACCACCCCACGGACAACAUUCAGCCGUUCUUCACGCUGCAGCUCGACAUUGAGAAAGCGGCCUCCGUCAAGGACGCGCUCGAUCUGCUCGUCGGCAAGGACCAGCUAGAGGGCAUGACGUGCUCCAAGACCAAGCAGGAGAUCCAAGCGUGGCAGCAGGUCACACUGGAGGAACUGCCGAUCGUGAUGAUUCUGCACCUCAAGUGCUUCGACUACAAGAUGGACGGCUGCACCAAGAUCCUCAAGACGUUGGAGUUCCCGAUCGAGCUGAAGAUCGAUUCGAAACUAAUGUCCUCCAAGGGCAAGGCGUACACGGCCAAGCAGAAGCAGUACAAGCUGUUCGCGGUGGUGUACCACGACGGCAAGGAGGCCUCCAAGGGGCACUACAUCACGGACGUGUUCCACGCCGGGUACGGCACCUGGAUCCGGUACGACGACAGCACGGUGCGGGCCGUGCCGGAGUUUAACGUGCUCCACCCGAAGGCGCCGCGCGUGCCGUACCUGCUGUACUACAGACGGCUGGACACGCACUACCACGGUGGCGGUGGGGCAGGAGCUGGAGCAGGAGCGCCAGCCGGCGGCGCCCCGGCCGGCACUGCCAGCAGCAACACCAACAGUAGCAACAUUAGUAGUAGUAACAACAAUAGUAACAGUAACAACAGCAGCAGCAGUGCGAAUAGCAGCACCAACUACAGUUCCGGUGGCGGCAGCUACUACGGUGGUGGGCCCGGCCCCAAGUGAACGGGAGAAAAGCUCAGUGAAAAGUGCGCGAAAAAGGACGUUUUCUGUAAGCUAGGAUUGUGCGAGGAAGCAGCAGAAGGUAGUUUUUAAGAGUGUGUGCGUGUGAGAGCUAGUGAGUACGUUGAACGAAACCGCGAUCAAAUCGUGAGAGAUCAACGAAAAAAAAAAGAGCAAAACAAAUCAUCAGAUAGUGUGAGCGAGCGGCGUGAUUAAGGGAUUUACGAAAAUUGUUACUUUAGUUUGUUAGGAUUAGAACGGGCUUCUUUUUUCAUCAUCAUCAGUUUGUUAUCACAGUUAGUCGUUUAUUUUUGAUUUUUUUUUUCUUCACUCAUCCCCCUUCACAUUUAGUAAGACUAAUUUUGGCGACCAAGCAAGGUCGUUUUGUGUGUGCGCGCGCGCGAUCGUGAGUUAUGCGAUGGCUCUAAUAUUAUUAUCUCCAACCGAACGAUUAGUACUACAAAUACUAUUAUCAGCUAAAAAUUGUUCUAAAUUCAAACUAAAUUAGAGAAAGAGCACACUAACGAUAAAUUAUUAAACUUUAUUCAAGAUUUAAACUAGGCAAAACAGAAGAGUAGCGCGUGGAACAAUUGAAAAAAAUCUUAGGGGAUUGUUGUUUUCAUUAUCUUAGAGAUAUUAUUACUAUUAUUAUUAGCAGCAAGAUAGUUGUAAGGUGUAAUGCAGGCUAUGGCAAGAUGCUGCCGGACGCCAUAAGUGCGUGUUUGCUUCGCGCGCUUGCGCGCUUAUGGCGUUCGGAGAAGGAACAGGAAAGAGUGCGCAGGGUUAGCCAAGAACAAUUAACUUUUUAAAUAUGUUAAUUAAAUUGUUUUUUUUUAUUUACUUAUAUUUGCGAAAGAGCGUGAGCUGCCUACCCGUUGUGGCGAGCAGAAAAAAUAAAACAAAUAAAAGGUAAA